UUAAUUUAGCAUUCCGCAAAUUAGAUUCAAGUACCGCUCAGGCGUUUGAAAUGACUGCUAGAAAUAAAAUGAUUCCGAGUUAUUCAGAUUUAGUUGAAUUCAUUAAAAGUCAAGUAAAAAUAUUAGAUCGCACUACUAAUAAUAAUAAUUCAUUCAACCGCACUACUCAAAAUAACAAUGCUACUAUUAAUAAUUCAUACCGCUCCUGCCAUACAGUCCAUUCGUUCGUAACCCGCAAUAAUAAUAAUAUCGACAACCGCUCUGUAUGUUCAAUGUGUAAUACGUCUGAACACUUUCAGCUUUAUACUUGCCCCGCAUUUAAAUCUUUGUCACCGAAAAAUCGCCUUGAAUUUAUUAAAUCGAAAGUAGGGUGUGUAAACUGCCUUAGCUUGACACAUUCCGUGUCAAAAUGUAAUUCGAAGUAUAAAUGUAGACAAUGUGGAAAAAGUCAUCAUUCUUUGUUGCAUUUAGAUUCAUCCUCAAAUAAAAACUCACCUUCUGCGUCAUUUCGAGAUUCGUUCACUAGGACAACCAUACAAGACAGCGCUGCUUCGGCUACAACUGGUACAGAGAAUUGCGCCUCCACCUCCGCGGCAUCAAUGCCCGUUAUUAGCAAAGAUCGCGAGCACGUAUCGCUUUGCGCUCGCUCACCUGACCUAACGAAUGUUCUUCCCUGUACCACGUUAACUUGUCAUAACCGUACUGAAGUGCUUCUUUCUACCGCCAGUAUUUACGCGUAUAAUAAUGAUAAGAAUAUAAAAGAAACUGUUCGAUGUCUUAUUGAUAAUGCUUCACAGAACAAUUUAAUUACUCUAAACUGUUGCAAAAAACUUAAUUUGAAAAUUAUUCCGCUGUCAAAUUCGACUUUAAAGGGUGUUGGUUUGACUUCCCGGCCUGUUAUAGGGUAUGCUAAUUUUACGAUUUCUGCAAAAAAUAAUAAACAAACUUUUAAUUUAACCGCAUUGGUCAUAGAUUGUAUUACCGAUCGUCUUCCUUUAGAUUAUAUUGAUACAUCUAUUGUUAGGCAUCUGGUAAACAUACCGCUUGCAGAUCCAUUCUGGCAUAUUCCUGGAGAAAUCGAAAUUGUCCUAGGAGCAAAGUUAUUCCCAUUCUUACUUCUUAGUGGAAAAGUCAUUGCACCGCCAGCUCCGCCCGCUAUUGAAACUGUUUUUGGAUUUGUUUUCAUGGGUGACGCCGCUGCUAAUACCGCUUCGUCAGUCAUUGGCGAUAUAACCGCAAUUCAGUCUUCAUCUUCCGCUUCAUUUCUUACUUGUUUUGAAAAAAGUAUAGAUGCCUCUCUUUCUAAAUUCUGGGAAUUAGAGGAAGUUCCUGUGAAUAAAUUUCUUAGUCGUACUGAUGAAGAAUGUGAACAAAUUUACGCUUCUACUGUCUCUCGCGACUCAACUGGUCGCUAUUGCACCGUGUUACCAUUUGCUAAGGAUCCCAGUAGCUUAGGGAACUCGUACACUGUUGCUCAUCGCCGUUUGUUGGCACUGGAACGCAGACUAAGCGACACAGAUUUACGUGUGAGCUAUAACGCCGCUAUCAUGGAUUACAUAAAUAACAAAUACUUAGAUCCAGUGUUACCAUCGGACGAGUCUGAUGGAGGGUAUAUAAUUCCUCACCACCCAGUUGUCAGAUUGGACAAACAGACUACUAAAGUCAGGGUUGUUUUGGACGCGAGUGCUCAAUGUCAUAAUGGUGUAGCUCUCAAUGAUAUUUUACACACUGGACCUAAUCUUCUUGCUAAUUUAAAAAUUCCGCGCCAUCUGGCUGUAGCUCAGGGUUCUAGGGUUAAUAUAGUUGCUUUCGCUGACGCUAGUAUGAAAGCGUAUGGCUGUGUUGUUUUCUUACAUGUUACCGAUCCUACUGAUAACAUAUGUGUCCGCUUGGUUUGUGCAAAGUCAAAGGUUGCGCCAGUCAAAGUAGUUUCACUUGCCCGCUUGGAGCUCUGUGCUGCCGUCAUAAUGUCCAAGCUAACCAAAUUGGUCUACGAUACUUAUUCAGCGCGCACGCCUAUAGAUAAUGUUUAUGCUUUUUCAGACUCAAAAAUAGCUCUUUCGUGGAUUCAUUCAUCUCCACAUCGGUGGAAUAUUUUUGUCAGCAAUCGUGUUGCCAAAUGUCACGAGAAUCUAGAGCCUAAAAACUUCUUCCACGUCGCCGGAGUUCAGAAUCCCGCAGACUGUCUGUCGAGAGGUUUAUUACCUGAACAAUUACUCACGCACAAAUUAUGGUGGAACGGUCCUGAAUGGUUAAUUACGCCUGUACCUCAGUGGCCGAUAGAAUCUUUUCAGCCUGAAAAAUGUGAAGACUUGCCAGAAUUUAACAGUAAAACGCUUGUAGCAACCGCUUCUCGUGGUGUAGAACUGUCUCCUCUUUGUUCUCUAUCGUGCAAAGUUUCUUCAUGGAAUAAACUGUUAAGAAUAAUUGUAUAUAUUUUACGCUUUGUAAGAUUAUUGCCCCGCUCUAAAAGGUUAGAGACCUCUCAUAUAAUUACCGCUGAAAACUAUUUGCUUCGAUCAGUUCAAAUCGCUCAUUUUACAAAUGUCAUAAAUGAUUUGAAAAAGGGUAAUAUUCCUUCUGCCCCGCUUAAUAAAUUAGACUUAUUUAUAUCGGAAGAUAAAUUAAUCAGAAUAGGAGGUCGAUUAGCUAAUUCAAACUUACCGUUCGAAGCGAAACAUCCUAUUUUACUUCCUAAACAUGAUAAUGUUACUUACUUGAUUAUAGACUAUUUUCACCGCGUACAUUGUCAUACUGGUGCCGCUCUUCUUAGCUCUUUGAUUCGCCAAAAAUAUUGGAUAAUAUCAUCUCGAUCUGUUAUACGGCAACGAGUACAUAAUUGUAAUUUUUGUUUUAAAAAUUCUCCUUCGCAUCCAACUCCUAAGAUGGCGAAUUUACCCGCAUUUCGUGUUCAAGAGACAAAAGCUUUCGUUCAUACUGGCGUGGAUUACGCUGGGCCUAUUAACAUCACUAUUUGUAGACGUCGUGGUCAGCGAAGUCAAAAGGCAUACAUUUGCCUAUUUAUUUGUUUAGUGACGAAAGCCGUUCAUAUUGAACUUGCCUCAGAUUUAUCUUCUAUUACAUUUCUUUCUGCGUUUAAGAGAUUUAUAUCCCGUAGGGGUCCAGUUUCCCAUCUAUAUUCCGAUAAUGGAACUAAUUUCGUUGGCGCUAAGUCUCAUUUGAAUGAGCUUUAUAAUUUUUUACUUUCUUCAGAUUAUAAUGAUUUACUCUCAAGCGAGCUUGUAAAUCGCCGCAUAGAAUGGCAUAUGUCUCCUCCCCGCGCUCCGCAUUUUGGAGGAAUUUGGGAGUCAAAUAUAAAAAGUUUGAAGACUCAUUUGUACCGCAUUAUUGGCAAUCAAUUACUUACAUAUGAAGAGCUUUUAACAGUAUUAACACAGAUUGAAACAAUAAUGAAUUCACGACCCCUCUGCGUACUACAGGAAGAACCGCAUCUUGAGCCUUUAACUCCCGCGCACUUUAUUAUGGCUUCUCCACUACAGUACUUGCCACUCGCACCUGUAUCUUCUACGCCGCUAGUUACACGUAAAUCGCUACUCGAUCAAAUGAUUCGCUCAUAUUGGAAAAGAUGGCAUUUAGAGUACUUGAAUAAUUUACAGGUUCGUCAGAAAUGGUUGAAAGAUGUAACGAACGUCAAAAUUGGUACUGUAGUGUUGAUACAUGAAGAUAAUGUUCCCCCAUUACGAUGGCCAUUGGGAAUCAUUGAAAAGACUUAUCCAGGUGCAGACGGUACUGUGAGAGUAGCUUUAGUUAAAACUCAAAAUGGUUUUCUUAAAAGACCAAUCGUUAAAUUAAGUCCAUUGCCGUCGCAAUAACAAUACCGCAUUUUCUUAAUAAUUUCUUAUUUUAUGAAUGUUAUUAUAUUAUUUUUUCCGCUUUAGUUAAUAUUAAAAUCCACUACUAUUUACGCUACUCUAUGAGUGAUUUCCUUUUAUUUUUCUUUUGAGAAAGCGAUGUUUCUCAAGGCGCCGGAGGAUGAACGCGCCGCUUUAUUUUACUGUUCCUAUCCCUUUUCAUUCCGCACAAUACGAUAGUGACAGCAUAUGUGGUUUCUUCGGAGCUCGACAACACUCGACGGCUUACGAAUGGAGCCAUAGAACAUUUCAAUUCAAAUUUGAAAAACUAGUGAUUGAAGAAAAAAUAUGGCCGCAAAUUGACCGCUCCGCUCAUAUAGUAAAAAUAAUAAAAUUGCGCAUCUUAGAAACAAGAAGAACCCUGGCCAGGGCACAAGAAACCAAAAUACAAGAAAUUAAGUGUACGGAGUGUUAUGCACAAAUAUAUGGAGAAGAAGAAUGAAGUAAAUUUUGACAAAAUAUUUAAUCAAGUCUUAGGUUAUUUAUUAUUUAAGGAAUUUUGUGAACAAACGUCAGAAGAACCAGUGCCACAAUUAAAAUUUUAUGAAGAGAUUAAAUUAUAUGAAAAACAAGAAUGCCUAGAAGAAAGACGAAGGAUCGCGAGAGAUAUUUAUGACAAUUUUAUUAUGAAAGAAUUAUUAGCACAUUCACAUGAUUAUUCAAAAGAGUGUGUAGCACAUGUACAAAAAUAUUUAAUGAAGCACGAAGUGCCACCUAACCUUUUUGAGCCAUACAUUGAAGAAAUAUUCCAACAUCUACGAGGGGAGCCAUUUAAAAAUUUCUUAGAAAGUGACAAAUACACAAGGUUUUGCCAAUGGAAAAACUUAGAAUUAAACAUUCAGUUGACAAUGAACGACUUCAGUGUUCACCGUAUCAUCGGCCGGGGCGGCUUCGGAGAGGUGUACGGGUGUCGGAAGGCGGAUACGGGUAAAAUGUACGCGAUGAAGUGUCUGGAUAAGAAACGGAUCAAGAUGAAGCAAGGAGAAACGCUCGCGCUCAACGAGCGCAUUAUGCUCUCUCUAGUCAGUACUGGGGUGGAUUGCCCAUUCAUCGUGUGUAUGACCUACGCGUUCCACACUCCGGACAAGCUAUGUUUCAUACUGGACCUUAUGAAUGGCGGCGACCUACACUACCACCUCUCUCAACAUGGAGUCUUCAAUGAGGCGGAAAUGAAAUUCUAUGCAGCUGAAGUUAUAUUAGGAUUGGAGCACAUGCACAAGCGUCACAUAGUGUACAGAGACCUGAAGCCCGCGAACAUCUUGCUGGACGAACACGGUCAUGUCAGAAUAUCUGACCUCGGCUUAGCCUGCGACUUCUCUAAGAAGAAACCGCACGCCAGUGUCGGCACCCACGGCUACAUGGCUCCGGAGGUGCUCUCAAAAGGCACCGGUUACGACUCGUCGGCCGACUGGUUCAGUUUCGGUUGCAUGCUGUAUAAGUUGCUGAAGGGACAUUCUCCAUUCCGCCAGCAUAAGACCAAGGACAAGCAUGAAAUCGACCGCAUGACGCUCACUAUGAAUUACAAUGUGUUCCAGAAUGUGGAAUUGCCUGAAUCGUUCAGUCCAAGUCUGAAGAGUUUGCUCGAGGGUCUGUUGCAGAGGGACAUCAACAAGCGAUUGGGCUGCAAAGGAAGAGGUGCGGACGAGGUAAAAGAACACGUGUUCUUCGCUGGCAUCGACUGGCAGCAAGUGUACCACCAGAAGUACACUCCCCCGCUAAUCCCCCCGCGCGGGGAGGUUAAUGCAGCGGACGCAUUUGAUAUCGGCAGCUUCGAUGAGGAGGAUACUAAGGGCAUAAAGUUGACAGAAGCAGAUCAGAUGCAAUACAAAGACUUCCCGCUCGUCAUAUCCGAGCGCUGGCAGUCGGAGGUCGCGGAGACGGUGUUCGAGACCAUCAACCAGGAGGCAGACAAGAUGGAGCAGAAGAAGAAGGCCAAGCAGAAACAGAAGUUCGACGCCGAUGAGAAAGAAUCGGACUGCAUACUGCACGGCUACAUCAAGAAACUAGGCGGGCCGUUCGCCAGCGCGUGGCAGACCCGUUACGCCAAACUAUACCCCAACCGACUCGAAUUACACCUAGAAAACAACACAAAGCCUGAAAUGAUACUAUUGGACACAGUCGAGGAAGUAUCAUCCGAUCUUGUCCCCGUUAAGAAUGAACAGUGUAUCGUGCUAAGGACGAGGCAUGACACGAAAAUCGUGUUGACUAAUACUGACGAAAUCGGCCUCCGGGAGUGGGCAAUAUCAUUGCGAUCCGCUCAUAAGUGCUCUCAGGAGCUCCUCGCUUCCAUGGCGAAGAAGGCCGGCAAGAUUUACGGCACGGACGGGGCCAAGGAGGGCGGCGCGGCGGCGGGGCUGCCCGCGCGCCCGCCCGCGCCGCCCGCGCCGCCGCGCGCGCCCAACGGGAACAACUAGCACGAGCUUCCCGCGCCCAACAAGGGCGCGAAGAUGUUCCGCCGCUCCAAGAGCGCCGCGCAGCUCAUCAAGUGAACGCGCAAGUGAACGUCGACAUGCAGUGGCCGAAAGGCGCCAAUCACUUUAGCCGACACGCACACGGAUAAUUUAAAGUGUUUUAAGUGCUUCAAAAAUAAAGUACUCGAGUGAUAAUUGAAUUCGCUUUGAGGGGCUAAAGGGCGCGAAUCACCUUUCGUAAUACGCAAACAGAUAAUAAGAAGAAAAAGUGUAAGUACUUGAGUGAAAAUUAAAUCGCGCCGGAUCGGUUAAAUGACAGUGGUUAUGAAGCGCUUCAAAGUAUGUUUACCAAGUGUAGACGCAACUGAUUUUGAACAUGAGUUUGUAAAUUGCGGUUUAAAUUCGAUAAGCGAACAAUUUAUGACCGCCAGAUAUAUAUUAAGUAAUGAAGUGCGCGCCUAUUUUUGCUCAUGGUACAACAAAACCAGGUAUCCUAUUUUGUUGAUGUUUCAAAUCUAUAAAAAGUAGUAUCCAAUUUAGAACAUGACUAACUAAUUAAAUCAAUUUCUUAGCUUAACAAAUCUCGUUGAUUCAAAUAAGAUUUUAAUUGAUUAAAAUCUUAACAAAAAUACCUGGUAAGUAAUGUCAUGUUGCACCAUGACGUAGCCAAAGUUUCCUAGGACCGGUCGCGUUUUGUUGCGCAAUUAAAGCGAUAGGAUCGAUCUUACGUAUUCUAGUGAUUUUCGAUUGUGGACAUGGUUUUGUAAUUGUUUGCACCGAUAGAAUUUUGUAAUUAUUAUUGUAAUCUGGAUGUUGUAUUUAACUCCGUAGAAGGUAUUGUAAAUUUAAUGACUCAAUUGAGUAGAUAAGCAUAGCAACUACCUAUAUAUGUGUUUGUGCGAUAGAUCAAAUCAAAAUAUAAAAUAAAAUACAAAAAUUGUAACUGACGUCGAAAUUGGUAAAAAUAAUAUUAGACAAUUUUGACAAAAAUUGAAUUGUUUGUUGUGCGUAUUAUAAUAGAAGCUUCGACUUAAUCGAUUUAUAUUGUAAUUAGAAUUCUAGCACCUUGGUGACACAGCCGAUUAUUGCACACAGAUUAUAUUUACAUUAGUUUUGUUUUAUGUUGUAUCUGGUGGCUCUCUUGUGCAAUCGCGUAUGUUAAAAAUAAAAUAGUUCCUUUUUAUAAAGUAAUGGAACAAAUUAUAACAUUAUUUAUUAUUAAAUGGUACUUAAUUAUAAGUUUCACUUUUUAUGUUCCGAACCAAUUAUGCGCAAUAACCUUUAUCGUUAUACAUAUAUAUAAUAUAAGAAAAAAAAAUAGAGACCGAUAUGAGUAGAUCUAAUGAAAUCUCUUUUCAUAUUAUAUUUAGAGGCAAUACUUUUCUAACAACAUUUAGGUGUGGUGAAUUAAUAUAACAAUAGAUGUAAAGGCAAUAUUUAGAGAAAUUUUAAAGCAUGUUUAAUGUCAGAUGAAUUUAUGUCGGAAUUUUUAAUUUGGAUAUUUAUUCCUAAACAGUUUAUUGUGGCCUGGCCCAAAUGACAUUUUUGUAUGUUGUGUAUGUUUUAUAUGUAAAGCAAUGCAACUUUAUUUGAACGUAAUCAUUGUUUUGUCUGAUGCAGAUUUAGUUUUUCUUCUUUAUGAAAUGUUCCAUUUGUUGCCAUAUUAUAAUAAUAACAGUUUUAUAUUAUAUCAUCAAUUAACUAUUUGUAUUUUAUUCAAGUGAGCGUGAGCGUUGCAAGUCGAGAUAGUAAAUAACUAAGCAAUAAUAAAACUCAUGAAUGCGAUGAUGUAACAGCUAAUGCUGUUGAGAUGGGAAUAUUUCUGUAAUAUACUUUAAUAUUUAGAUAUCUUGAGACCUUUGACGUAGUAUAGUGCAACGCAGUAGCUCUUAGAUAAUGUAUAUAAUAUGGAAAUCGGGUGAUCACCGUAAGUAUGUGUAAUAAAGCCUAGAUUAGUGAUGUAAAGGCGUAGCUUCUAUGAUCGAAGUGAGGUAUGAAUUUAAGUUAUAUGAGUUAUGUUUUAUUAUGAUAAAUAUUUAUUUACAGAUGCCUAGGAGUUAUGAUUGAAUUUAAAUAUCACUUUAUUAUAUGCCUGGAUUUAUUGGUAUACUAUCACGUUUCUAUACCAAGUGUCAAGAUACUUGUCAAUAGAGUUUAUUGACCUUUAUUUAUAUUUAUAGCUAAACUUCUUAGUACUUCCGUUUCAGUUGAACUAAGUUUAGUGCAGUGUAAUGAAUAAAUUUAAAGGUCUUUGUGCGUUUUUGACAUGCUACUUACUCUUGGUAUACUAUUAGAUGCUAGUCAAUUGAAUUUUACUGCAAUGGAGUCAUUGUUAUAAUGGAAUAAAUUAAAAAAAUAAUGUAAUAGUUUGAGCAGUAUUAUAGGUUAGUUAUUUGUUUCUUGAUAAAAUCAUUCUGUCUAAUGUGAUAUAUCUUGUAAAGAUUUCUUAGACGCGUCCGAAGCGUUAGUGCGUUUCUCUAUUCAAGGGAACAAAAUUUUGCUUGUGUACUUAGUAUUCUUUUGCCUACUGAUAUUCCAAGUUUUUCUACUUAUGUUUAUCGUAGUUGCUGUAGACAAUGAACGUAUAUUGAUUCAUUAUUAACAGUUAUAAAUUUUCUAUAAAGCCUAUAUAAAAAUCACUUUGUCGCCGAUUAACUGGAUAAGCAUUUGAAAAUGUUUUUGUACGCGAAAACGGCCAAAGUAGCGAUGUUCAACAUUCCGGUAAGUAUGCCAAAUUAGCUUACUAUAGAAAAUAAUCGUAAUGCAUUUAAGAAGAUUUUAUUUAUUUACUUAAUAUCCGUUCACAUAAUAUAAUAAGCACAGUACUGUAUUCAGGGUUCUUUUUUUAUUUUAUUUAAGAUUGCUUAAUAGGCUAAAUUAUAGGAGUUUCGCACACCAGGCUAGAUCUGCAUCAGACAAUGUUACGUACCUCUGUUAGUGAAUAUUUUUAUUGUGAACCUACAUUAUAUGUGUAGUAAAUUGUUUAUUUAAUCA